GGCCGGCCCUGCUGUCACCUAGUGUACUGUAGUGUAGAAGAUAGUGUGGGCCGAAGAACUUAAUUCCAUUAAGUACCUGUGGAGGGCAGCAAUACGCCUGAAAUGUUAUACUCGUCUGGAAAUUGAAAGAAGAAGAAGAAAGAGGAAAAAGCAAAAUGGCGUUUGACGGAGAAGGGUUAGACGUAGCCACUGGCCAUUAUAUUUUCUGUAUUUGUAAUUAGUCUGUACAUUCACACAUAUAUAUAUUUCGUUUAAUAGAGUAAACAAUAAUUGUUUGUACAUUAGACUGAGCGCACUGUGACGCUUCUCGUGCUUGCUAGCUUAUCUUAAGCCUUAAGCUAACCUGUUAGCUUAGCAGUGUUUGAUAGUUAGCUUAGCUCGUUAGCUGCUAACAAAGCGACGACAUAUUUGCACAUCUAUGCACGUCGUAAGACCACGGAACUGGUUCUCAACACAUCGCUAAGCAGAGAUCAGGCGUGAGUGUAAAGUGUUGUGAUUCUGUGAAAGAACGACGGCAAAAUAGGAGGAACUUUCUCCAACAAAAGAGGACAACGCCCGACAACAUCAACUAGUUAACUCUGUUUUCAAGAUACAUCAAUUAGUGUGACACAGAACAGAGCACCGCCUUAUAGGAAGAGGAGGAACUGUGGAUCACUGAGGAGAGAGGGGGUCUUCUCGGGCAGGAGGAGACUGAUCUCACUAAGUUUCCACUGACCGUUGUCUCAUAAAGACAAAUCUGAGUCCUCACAGCUUCAUCAAAAGUCCAAGCGUCUGUGAAGAACAUCCUCUCCCUGAGCGGCACGAGUUGAGCUUUAGAAUGGAGCAGGAGGAGCCACAAACCCCCUACAUUAAAGAGGCGGAAGAAGCGCCACAGCCCCCUCACAUAAAAGAUGAAGAGGAGGAACACUGCAUCAGUCUGGUGGGAGAGCGGCUUGAAGUGUUGGAGGAGGUCCCAGUGAUUGGUAAGAUUGAAUUGAAUAAGAUUAAAGGUGAACGCGAGGAGAAGAGAGAGGUGGAGCCUCCAAGCAGCAGCUCAACUCAACACAUGACAACAGAAGCUGAUGGAGACCACUGUGGAGGAUCACAAGUCGACAAGAUCUUCGCUCCACUAUCAGAUAGUGACGACAUUGAUGAUGAAGACUCUGAUGCUGAUAAGACAUGCCACACUGACAACACACACUUAAAAUGCUCUUUCUGUGGCAAAACCUUUAAAUACCGUAGUGAUCUAAAAGUACACACAAGAAUACACACUGGAGAAAAACCUUUUUCCUGUUCAUUCUGCGGUAAAGGUUUUGCUGUAAAACAUGUUUUGAAAGACCACAUGAGAAUACACACUGGGGAAAAGCCGUUUACCUGUGCAAUCUGCGGUAAAGGUUUUGUACAAAGACAACAAUUGAAAGUGCACAUGCGAACACACACUGGAGAAAAACCUUAUACUUGUUCAAUCUGUGGCAAAGGUUUUGUGCAAAGACAUUAUUUAAAACUACACAUGAGAAAACACACUGGAGAAAAACCUUUCUCUUGUUCGAUCUGUGGUAAAAGCUUUAUAAAAAGUCCAAGUUUGCAAGUACACAUGAGAAUACACACUGGAGAAAAACCGUUUAACUGCUUAAUCUGCGGUAAAGCUUUUUCGCAAAGUCAACAAUUGAAAGUACACAUGAGAAUACACACUGGAGAAAAACCUUUUACCUGUCAAAUCUGCGGUCAAGGCUUAGUACAAAGUCAACAUUUGAAAGUGCACAUGAGAAAACACAAUAGUGAAAAAACGGAUUCCUGUUCAAUCUGCAACAAAAGCUUUGCUGACCGAUCAACACUUGUAAAACACAUGAGAAUACACACUGGUGAGAAAGUGUUUAGUUGCAGUGUGUGUAAUGAAAGUUUCGCUUAUAAGUACCAGUGUAGGAAACACAAGUGUGCUGGUGAGAACAGCAGCAGCCAAUGAAGCUCCAGGAUUUUCAAUAAACUGUCAACUUUUUGUUAACGCUGACGCUCCAACAUCAGCACAUAUAACAUGUAAGACAUCAUUGUUUGUGUAACACAAUCUUGUUCAUAUACUUUUACCUCUUAUAGAUUAGAUCAGAGGUUUUUCCAAACAUUUUUCACCAAGUACCACCUCAGAAAACACUUGGCUCUCCAAGUACCACCAUAAUGACCAAUAUUAAAUUAAAGCAGCAUAGUAGGCUUAAGUAUUCCUUCCAUACAAGGCAGACGUUUUCUUUAACAAUUAUAUUUAAUAUUUUUGACCACUGUAACAUUACACACAGUUUGAACAUUAACAGUGAAUGAAUACAGGAAAAUAAUGAUGAAGGGAUUAUUAGGCAUACCACUAAGUUGUACACGUACCACAGUUUGAGAAUCUAUGGGUGCGAUAUUUUAGGAUGUGCCUUUAUUUCAGUCAUUAAUAUAUGACAUUUUGUCAUUUUAUUUAAAAAUGUACAGAACAAUUUGAUUGAAAAUGUUACAUAAAAUAAAAAAAACAUUUUAUGUGUAUAUAGAGAUGUAUAAUUAACUUUUGUGCUUAUCCGUACGAGUGCUUUUAUAUAAGCUUUCGAAAUUGUCACAUAUUUUCAUUUCUAAUUGCAAAGGAUUCCAUAGAUGAACUCAUUUAUAUGAUACACAUAUUUUAUAUUUUUUUCAUACCUUUGCUUUUGAGUGAACAAACAUUUCUUAGUUAAUAUUUAAUGGUUCACAUCUGAAUCGUCUUCUGGACCAGUUCUGGAAGCAUCUUAUUUACCUAAUACAUUAUUUGAGCAGUUGUGUUUUAUACAAGAUCGUUUACUUUUGAAAUGUGCACUUUUCUUAAUCAUUUGUUGGGUCUCAAUAAUCCAUUCUAGUAAUUCUCUUGAUUACUCUCUUUUGUGAUAUGAAUAUUGUUUCGUGAUUGUUUUAUAUGUAUGUCCCCAGUCCUUUGUACAAUACGUAAUGUAUGCUUCAACAAAAGUUGGGUACAAUAAAUGUAGUCAAUAUUUAUUGAGUACAAAUUUUGUUGUAUUUAAUAUUGCAGUCAUUUUUUAUGUUGUUCUUUGUAUGAUCUUAAUGUAGUUCCCAACUCAGUUUUUGAUCUAUGAUAAAUUCUGAUAUAUUUAGUUUUAUUGAAGUUUAGUGACAGAUUAUUGAAGUCCAGCCAUCGUUUUAUGGUCAAGUUCUCUCUGUGUAAAUUAAGAUCAGAGCUACAAAACCCAAAACUAGUGAAGUUGGCACGUUGUGUAAAUGGUAAAUAAAAACAGAAUACAAUGAUUUGCGAAUCAACUUCCAUGAAAUGCUCAGUCAUUCACAAACAAGGAUGGGGCGAGGGUCACUACUUUGUGAACAAAUGCGUGAGCAAAUUGUCGAACAGUUUAAGAACAACAUUUCACAACGAGCCAUUGCAAGGAAUUUAGGGAUUUCACCAUCUACGGUCUGUAAUAUCAUCAGAAGGUUCAGAGAAAUCACUGUACGUAAGCGAUGAUAUUACAGACCUUUCGAUCCCUGAGGCGGUACUGCAUCAAAAAGCGACAUCAGUGUGUAAAGGAUAUCACCACAUGGUCUCAGGAACACUUCAGAAAACCACUGUCAGUAACUACAGUUUGUCGCUACAUCUGUAAGUGCAAGUUAAAACUCUACUGUGCAAAGCGAAAGUCAUUUAUCAACAACACCCAGAAACGGGUGAAAUGGGCCCAAUCUCGUCUGGACUGUUGCAAAGUGGAAAAGUGUUCUGAGGUCUGACGAGUCCACAUUUCAAAUUGUUUUUGGAAACUGGACACGGUGGAUGUUUUGGAGACACGAAAGAAGGUAUCACACUGCAGUUUACAGGAGGUCAAGUUGACAGUACAGAAGUCCCACCUGUAGUCAGAGCAGAGAGAAGAGCAACAUUAGUUGUGCAUCGUUCAUGUUAAUGAGCCAGUCAGUAGAUUAAGUUAGUCAAAUUCCUUGUGUGUUAAUAACAUGCUUGGCAAAUAAAGGUGAUUCUGAUUCA